UAAUGCAGAUUCAUUCUGAGUACACAUUUAACUUUGAUUGGGAGACUGUAGUUAAAGGCUUUUGGAGAAAGUAUCCAUGUAAAGAAUUCGAUUUUAUCAAAUUCAAUCAAGUUGUAGAUAUGAUGCUUAAUGACAAUAAUACUAUGUCUAUUAAGAGAAUCGUAUGAUCUAAUUCAAUCUAAACAUAGGUCUAUGCUCGUAAAUUCAUGGUUUGGUGUUUAACUUUGGAAGAGAUAACAUUUGACAUUGAGAAUAGAAGCAUGUAAAUGCAAACUAAAUUAUUGAAAGCUUGUAAGUAUUAUCCAAAUCUUUCAGGAGAUGAAUCAAUUAUAUAUAAAGCAAUUGAUGAUUAAAAAACUCAUUACUCUGUAUUUAAGCAUCAUUUAUAUAUAGAAACUAUUGUCAAAUUUUCAUUAAACCUUUGUAUCUAAAUUGAUAUCUCAAUUUAACAGUUCAUUUAAAAAAGGCAUUGAAGUUGUCGAAGCUAGAUGUAGAGAACUUUAAAACAAUUAAUGACG